CGACCGACGAUGGAGCCGCCCGCGGCCCAGGCGUGCGCAGCGGCGCUCCGGGGCGCGCUCUACCUGCUGCUCGUCGCGCUGGUGGUCCGCCAGCUCCUGAGGCAGAGGCGCCCGGCAGGCUUCCCCCCGGGCCCGCCGCGGCUGCCGCUCGUCGGCAACAUCUGCUCCCUGGCCACGUCGGCCGAGCUCCCCCACGUCUACAUGAGGAGGCAGAGCCGGGUGUACGGCGAGAUUUUCAGUUUAGAUAUUGGAGGCAUAUCAGCUGUGGUUCUAAAUGGCUAUGAUGUAGUAAAAGAAUGCCUUGUUCAUCAAAGUGAAAUUUUUGCAGAUAGACCAUGCCUUCCUUUGUUCAUGAAGAUGACAAAAAUGGGAGGUUUACUCAAUUCCAGAUAUGGCCGAGGAUGGAUUGAUCACAGAAGAUUGGCUGUUAACAGCUUUCACUAUUUUGGAAGUGGCCAAAAAUCUUUUGAGUCUAAAAUCUUAGAAGAAACUUGGUUUUUAAUUGAUGCUAUUGAAACAUACAAAGGUAGACCUUUUGACCUCAAGCAAGUAUUAACAAAUGCUGUUUCAAACAUAACCAAUCUGAUCCUUUUUGGAGAUCGAUUCACUUAUGAAGACACUGAUUUUCAGCAUAUGAUUGAGUUAUUUAGUGAGAACGUGGAACUAGCUGCCAGUGCUCCAGUCUUACUUUAUAAUGCAUUUCCAUGGAUUGGCAUCUUACCUUUUGGAAAACAUCAAAAGCUAUUCAGAAAUGCAGAUAUGGUCUAUGAUUUCCUCUCCAGACUUAUUGAAAAAGCUUCUGUCAACAGAAAGCCUCAUUUACCUCAGCAUUUUGUUGAUGCCUAUUUAGAUGAGAUGGAUCAAAGUGAAAGUAAUCCUUUAUCUACAUUCUCCAAAGAGAAUCUAAUUUUUUCAGUGGGUGAACUCAUCAUUGCUGGAACUGAAACUACAACCAAUGUGCUACGCUGGGCAAUUCUGUUCAUGGCCCUUUAUCCUAAUAUUCAAGGACAAGUUCAUAAAGAGAUUGAUUUAAUUAUGGGUCACAAUAAGAGGCCUUCUUGGGAUGACAAGUGCAAAAUGCCUUACACUGAAGCAGUUUUACAUGAAGUUUUAAGAUUCUGUAAUAUAGUUCCACUGGGGAUUUUCCACGCAACCUCUGAAGAUGCAGUUGUACGUGGUUAUUCCAUACCUAAAGGAACAACAGUCAUUACAAAUCUUUAUUCUGUUCACUUUGAUGAAAAGUACUGGAAAGACCCAGACAUGUUCUAUCCUGAGCGAUUUCUGGACAGCAGUGGAUAUUUUACUAGAAAGGAAGCUUUGAUUCCUUUUUCUCUAGGGAGAAGACACUGUCUUGGAGAACAGCUGGCUCGGAUGGAAAUGUUCUUGUUUUUUACAUCACUGCUUCAGCAAUUUCAUCUGCAUUUUCCACAUGAACUAGUUCCAAACCUGACACCCAGGUUGGGCAUGACAUUGCAGCCACAGUCCUACCUCAUCUGCGCAGAAAGACGCUGAGAGUGCACAAAUGUGUUGAGGUAUAACCGGGUUGAGUCAACAAUGAUGUUUGGGCCAAAAGUGAACACAAGAUACAUUGUUUAAAAUAGUGCUACAGCAGUUAGAAGCAUUAGCUGUUAUUUUUUUUUUCUAACUUCCAUGAAUUCUUAUUGUAAAAUGUAUUGAGUAACACAAAGGUGCGGGUGUUAUGUAGAUACUAAGAAGGGCCAUGGAUUUUCUAAACAGAGCUUUUGUUUAGUUUAAGGUUUCUCUGAUCUGGCUCCAUCCUGAGGAAUUUUGAUUCCAAAUGGUUUUCUUUAUGAUUAGGUGUUAUGAUUCCAUACUGUGGUAUCAGUCCAGGACUAAAGAAGAAAUAAUCCACACAAAUGUAUUUUGACCACAGAAGUAUUUUAGAUAGGAUUGACAAUGGAAAGACUCUACAUUUAAUAUAGACCCUUCCAGGGCUUUCAGAUAUUCCUCUCUACUAUGUAUUUAUAAGAAUUGUGUCAUUCUUCUUAUAAACAGGAGUUUCUGUGAUCCCUGAGCAUUCAUCCUUACAGCAGCAGUCCAGCAUAUAGGAAACACAGUGUUCAGUUGGGAUAAAAACCACUCAUAGCUAUUGAUUCUUUGUGGACACACUUUCUUGGCACCACUUCUUUCUAAAACCAGUCACAGAGCUCAAAGACUCAAACAUCUUAUCUUACUGAGGUCUUAGUUCCAUAGAUUAGCCUAUUUUUUCCAACAAUAUUCCAAUCCAAAAUCCUGCUAUAGAGAAAGGGUAACUUGUAAAUUGGGACACAUGAGAAUGAUGGAAUGCUAUUACUAAUUAUACCAAGACAAAUGAUAUAUUAUCACAGGCUAAAACAAACUGGAAUGUAUACUUACUCAUUUAUAGCUAUUUUUCAUUAUUAUUUCUUCUAAAGUUAUUCAAAGAGCCCACAUUCUUCUAACUUAUUCUGUGAGGAGUUGCAGUCUUAGAGCAAUUAAAAAUAGCAAUGGCAUCUGGGCACGAUGCACAUACCUGUAAUCCCAGCACUGGGCAAGGCAAAGGCAGGCAGAUCUCUGUGAAUAUGAGGCCAGCCUGGUCUGCAAAGUGAGCAUCCAGGACAGCCAAGGCUACACAGAGAAACCCUGUCUCAAAAAACAUGUAAGUAAAUAAAUAAAUAGAUAGCUAAAUAAGAUAACAAUGGCUGUUAUGAUGAAUAUGGAUCGGACUGAAGAAAAGGCUCAACAGUUAAGAGCACAUACUAUGCUUGCAGAAAGGACUUGAGUUUAGUUCCCACUGCCCACAUCUGAUGGGUUACAACUGCCUAUAAUGUAAGCUCUAAGGGAAUCCACUGCUUUUGGCAUCCAUGGGUAUUUCCACUUUAUGGGCAUACACACACACACACACACACACACACACACAUAUACAUAAUUAAAAUAAUACAAAUAAACUUUUUAAAAAGUAAAAGCAGGCAGAUUAUUGUGAGUUUGAGGCCAGCCUGGUCUACAAAGCAAGUCCAGGACAGCUAGGGCUACUACACACAGAGAAACCCUGUCUCCUAAAACCUAAAAAAAAAAAAAGGAAAAAGACAUGAUUUAACCUUAGUUAGCAUUAAAAUGUAUUAAGAUAUUUUUAGUUCAAAGAAAAAGAAAAUCCUGUGCAAUAAUAAUAAUAAAUUGAAAUUUAGAGGUAAUAUGAAAGGAUUAAGGUUGGAAUAGCAUAGAAGUUUCAUGGUUUAAUUAAAAACCCCUAUUUCUUCCCAUCAAUCUUUUGCUUUCCAAAUUAUAACAACUUUACCCAAAAGCUAGUUUACACGAGUACAUGUGCUUCACAUAUUGCCACAUAAAGAGCUCAAGCUUGGUUUCUGGGAACACAAUGGGAGUUUUUCCUGUAACCCCAUAAACUCUUCCUCAUGGUAAAAAGAGCAUGAGUCACAUGUUCAAACAUUAAUUUAAAACUGUUUUGGGUUUUCACUUCCCCAAAGUAUAUGUGCUACAUGAGAGUGGAAUAGUGGAAUAGAAGAGGAUCCACAAAUCAAGAAACCAGUUACAAUACCCACUUUGUCUGCUUUUACUACUUUCUGACCUAACUUCCUGAAUCUUAACAGAUGUACUAUGACAGGUUGCUCUUCAGUCUUUGUUCUUCAACAUAGCAAAAAUUUUCACACCCUUAGACCUCUUCCUUACUAUAAUUUCUUAUAAAAUCUAUACUCUGGGGAUUCUACAGGCUUGGCAGUCUUACUGAAUAAGAUAACUUAGUAAAUUGGAUUGUGGUAAAAAUUAAGUAGGCUUUGUUCUUUUGAGUAAGGCUACCACUGCUUUUAGUAUGGACAGGAAUUCCAUACAGCUAUGCAAGAUUCUAUUUUUGUUUACCUAUCCCUUAGGACAGUUUUGUAAUUUUUCUUUCAUCUAUAUAAACUAUUAAAGGCAGAAGAGCCUUAAUCUCACUGCCCUAAUUGUAUAGAUAAGACCAAAUAAUAUGAAGUCUUUACAGAGUUAGCUGAGUAAAUGUAAAUUGGACUACUCUACCUUUUAAACACUGUAAAGAUUAGAUAAUGAAGCAAACCAAUGCUUUGAUUGCAUAGAGGAAAUACCUGAAACACAGGAUGGAGCUUGGCAUGAUAGUACACGCCUGUAAUCUCCGGUGAAAAUGGGAAGAUCAGGAGGUCAUGGCCAGCCUGACAUACAGUUUUAGGCUAGCCUGGAGUAUACAAGUCUUACCACAAAGGAGCAAUUUCUUUUAAAUGACAGGCAAACAGCCUAUGACAAAAUGCAUAUAGAAACGAAACAGAGGUAAUGAAAUGAAUGGUGUGAAAGCCAGAAAGUAUAAGAUAAAGGUGUGCAUUUUAUAUAAUUCUAAAAUAUAUUGUUUAUGAGGAAGUAUAAUAGUGUGCCAAAUAGCACUUUUCAGGAAACAAGUCUUCAUUUCCCCCAUGCUAAGACAAAUGAAUUGGCUUUUUUUUUUUUUUAAGUGAGAAUACAGGCCUGGGAGAUGGCAAUGCAGAUAAAGUGCUUGUAGUAUAAGCAUGAGGUUCUGAGUUCAAGCUUCCAGAAAGCAAGAUGUAACAUACACUUAUAAUUCCAACUCCAGAAAGGCAGAGGUUAGAUGGUUUCCUGAGGCUCACUGGUCAGCUAGACUAGCCUACUUCUCAAGAACCAGGUCUGUGAGAGACCCUGUCUCAAAAAAGCAGAGUGAAUAAUGUCUGAUGUACAACACCCAAAAUUGCUUUCUACCUUCCAUGUACAACCACACACACUUACAUGCAUGUGCAUACACAGCAACAUGUACACACACAGAAUACAAAAGACCUAUAUUUUAUCUGCAGGAAGGUCACUCUAAUGCAUAUAAAGUUCUGUGUAAUUUCUACAAGUGCUUGUAAAGUUCUUGAAAAUUAAGCAUAUAAUGUACCAAAAGUAAAUUUCAAUAAGUUCAGAAGCACAAAUAUGUAUAUUAUUCUCUAAAAAUAAUGCCAUAAAGUGAAGAUGGAUUUUAAUAACAAAAUAAAACCAGAAAGCAAAAUUUG